AUGACUUCAGCUAUACAAACCCAACCCGGUGAUGAGCACAUCAAGACUUCAAACUCGACUACAGACAUGUUGUUUACUGGUGAUACAGACAUCCUUGAUGAGUUCUUAGACCAAAGAGUAUAUGAUUCCCUUACAUCAAACACGCCUACUGCCCCCAGUCCCCCAGCUGGUGGCACUACUGGUGCUACGGCCAUCUCACAUCAUCACCAUAAUAAUAACGGGGUGUCUUCCUCGCUUCUUAACACCAAAUUGGAAGAUGUAGAUGCCAGUAUGUUUGCUGCGACUGAUGACAUGCUUUUACAACAGUUCCACGCGUUGGAUCCGUUGCCUACACAACUGCACAAACUGCUGAAGCUGCAACUGCUACUGCUGAUUCUGCUGCAGCUGAAUCACCAUAUAGCAUCGUACGAACUCGAUGAUGAUUCCAAUGCCUAUGUGUAUUCAUUUGAUAAUCCUUCCGCAACAGAGCAAGACCCUUCAAUGCAGCAACAUCAACAUCAACAACAAUCUGAUUUAAAACAAGAAUUGUCUAGUCCUGCUCCUAUUCCCGACGUUAACUUCACUAUGGAAGAUCUAAACAUGCCCACUAUGGACGAUGACAAUGAAGAUGAUAACUCCCCUUCAGUGGUACCUGUACCCAAACCGUUCUUCCCCACCAACUCUGUGCUUUCCGACUAUGAUGUGGUGAGAGAAGAGUUCUCCAAAGUCAAAUUCGGCAAUCAGAAUAUGAAUCCGUGUCCUGAUACUUUACAAGUUUUAGACAAGUCAUAUUUGGACUUUUCACCUGAAGCCAUGAGCAAAUUACCUUAUACAUUGGAAUUAUCGCUGUUACCUUCCUUUUCCAGAGUUGAAACUCAGAUCAAAUUGAAAUUCCAUUUACUGCCUCCUCCUCCACAAAUUUUGUUACACGUACCACAAGAUUUGAUCUAUAAGAAUAAGUUUUGUCUUGCUGAUUCCCUUGAGGGACUCAGUGAGAAGUUGAAGAAGUCCAUGCUCUACUUGGACGCCUAUGUUCUUACUUCCGAUCUCAAGGUGUCUUGUGGGAUCUGUUCCCGAUGUAUCAAGAGAGAACAGAAACGUGCUUCCAGACGGAAGAUGAAUAACGGACAAGGAGAAGUGGAGGAAUUUGAAAUCAAGCAGGAACCGGUCCCGGCUUCGGCCUCGGCUUCAGCUUCAACUUCAGCAGGCGGAGUUAUGAAGAAUAAUCCAAACUCUUGGGCAAACGAUAAGAUGAUGAAGAAAGCCGUCAUUUUCAACUGUAAGGAGCUUGUUUCUUUCCCUCCUCCCAACGGACUUAACACGGACUUAUCCAAGUCCCUUGAAUUAUCCGUUAGAAUCAUUUGCUACUGUCGACAUCAUAAGGAAUCUGAGGGCUUCAAAUUACUCUUCAUCAUCAAGAACUACGAGGGAGAAGUGGUGGCUAAACAACUAUCUUCAUCCAUUAUGAUUAUGGAUAGAAAGAAGAAUCUUUCCAUGCCUACCAGUACGCCAUCGAUCAACAACUCGUUACCCGGAUCAACUUUGGGUUCGACUUCAAACUUGCAGGCUUUGAACCACUCCAAUUCUUUCUCCGAUGUCAGCAGCAGUCGAUUCAAUCAAACAAAUAAUGACCUUAUCAUAACCAAAACGAACGGCGAUGAAAGUUUAUUGUUCCUGUCAGGGCAAAUGAUGCAACCCAUAUCACCUAAUUCCAUUGACGAAUCAGCUUCAGAUCCUCAUACGACCACAAAUACAGACCAUUCUUCCGUUCCAGGACUCUUUUCAUCGUUGAACCAUUCUAUCAAUGCGGCUAAGACUAACAUUGCCAACGCUUGGAACUCAAACUUGGGUUCUUCCACUAACCCGGGCAUGCUGAAUGGAACAACAAGCAGCACUGCUUCUGCUUCUAGAAAGCGAAAGAAGCUUUCUGUUGAUGAUUCGUUGAAUGAAUCGACCAACCCAAUGUAUAAUGGAAGUACCAAUGGCUUUUCUCCGGUUAGUAACAGUGAUACCAAUACUUCUGUCACCAAUAGUUCAUUCAUGGCCAAACCAAAUGGGGCCAGCAGUCAUGUUCACGCAGUUGGUGCUACUAUGCCCUCUCAACCUCAACCUCAAAUACAUCUGCAGCCUUCAUCGUUGAUCAAUGGAUCUCCGUUUGCUCAGUCUUAUGGUAGUAACCCAUUGGUUCCAUCUAUUCAGAAGAUAAUCCCCGCUCAAGGUCCAAUCAGAGGUGGUAUUGAAGUUACUCUUCUUGGGUUCAACUUUAAGCCUGGUCUUCAAGUGAAAUUUGGUCCGAAUCUUGCUCUUGCAACCCAUUGUUGGUCCGAGACUACCAUAGUCACUUACCUUCCUCCUGCCAAUCAACCUGGCCAGGUUUUAGUAACCUUUGAUAACCCACUGGAAGACAAUAGUACUAUAAAUAAUCUGGUUAACUCACCUCGAAGUGGAAGCAUGGGUACGUCUGUCGGGUCGUCCUUUGCUCAAUCAUCUGGUAUUCAACAUCAACAAAUCUUUACGUAUAAUGACGACACGGACCGUCAAUUGAUCGAGUUGGCAUUACAGAUUGUGGGCUUGAAGAUGAAUGGUAAAUUGGAGGAUGCUAAAAACAUUGCUCGAAGAAUUGUCAACUCCGACAACACUGGAGGAGGAAAUAAUGGAGGUAAUGAAGGCUCAUCAACUACUAAUACCAGAACCAACUCCUCCUAUAAAACGGCAACUGACAGCGACCGAGAAUGGUUUGUUAAUGCCAGUAGGGCCGUUGAAACAUUGACCAAAUCAGAUAUGGCCACUGAAGAAAUCUUGAUUGACUUUCUUUCAUUGGUUGAUUUGCCGAACUGUCCAAUCAUCAUCCCCAACUGGCAAUUGUGCAAUGAUGAAGGUCAAACGUUGUUACAUUUGGCUACAUUGAAGAACUACGGGUUAUUGGUUAGGUUUUUGAUCUCCCAUGGAUGUAAGGUUGAUGUCAGGGACACUCAAGGUAUCACGCCUUUAUUUUUGGCUUCUAUGUGUGGAUACCGGUCCCUUAUGACCAUCUUCUUGGAGUGCAAGUCGAAAUGGAACACCAAAUUGUCCAACCAGAAAUACAUGAAGGAUUAUUGUGACAUGAAUGUCUUGGAUAUGUUCAAUUCCGUUGGUUCUGCAGAUGCAACCCUGGAUGAUAAGUCUGGAUCACUUUCGAAGUCUGUCAGUAUGGAAUCAUUGAACUCGUUAUUCACCAUGGGAAUCGGCCGUCAUAUUUCAAGAAUGGUCAAGGAAGAAGAGACUACCACCUCGUCCCAAAGUGUGAAUAAGAAUAAAGGAGGCUCGAUCACCAAUGCUACGACCAAGAAUAAGCUGAAUAGAUUCAGAAGCCAGCUUUUGGAGAAUGUAGUGGAGGGAAGCGAUCAACAGGAUGAAGACGAUGAGGAAGAGCUUGGAUUUGCAGACGAUGAAGAUGCUUGUAACAAUGAAUUUGACUAUCUGGAAUUCACCGAGGAAGAAAGCGACAUUGUAUACCUGGAAGACGAUUACAGUGACUAUGAUGAUGAAUACGAAGAAGAAAACAUCAUUGCUAGCCAGCCGGUGGUAGCUCCGGUGGAGGCACCAUCUACCACCAGUGAAGCAGUUGAAGAAGAUAAUAUGUCUGCCAGCUCGACCUCGACCAUCGUACCGGGCACGUUGAUUGCCGGAGGUGGCAUAUGGUCUAAGGUUAGCAGAUUCUUAAGUAAAGAAGAAGAAGGAACCUCGGCCUCUACUACAACCACUACCAACAUGGAGGAAUCGUUACCUUCGUACGAUGAUCUUUUCCCGUUUGGUCCACACACAAUGCAAUCUAAGCCCAAGACCUUUGUUGAGCGAGAAUUGAAUGCUCAAACUGCUACUUCAGCAGCACCAGCAGCAGUGGCCUCCACUACGAACGUGGGGUCUUCUGCAGACGUUGUCACCACCAAUAGCGAUGAGGAAGUGAUCUCAUCUGAUUCCAGCGAAGACAUGGUGAUGUCGUAUAUUAACAGACCAAGAAAGACUGUUGAGAACGACAAGAUGUUGUUGUUCUUCUGGUUCCCUACAUUAGUUUUAGUUGUGGGUAUCUUUUUGUUGAUGUCUGUUUUUGACUACAAGUUCAAGACCAUUGAGAGUAUCAAACAACAGAUCAGAAUGCUGUUGGGGAACUUGUUGGUUGGGAACGAGCGCAUUGCCCGUAUUUUUGAUAAUGAUGGUGUUACUGCCUGA